CUCUCGAUGGGGAGAAAUCCUCUGUUUCUUCGGCUCCCAGUCGACCCUUCCUCGUAGGGUCCCUCGCCGAUCGAGUAAAAUAGAGAAGAAAAUGAGUUCACGCGGCCCGCAUUUAUCUCGAGCUGUAGCUUAGCUAAGGCCAAGCCUGUCCUCAAAAGGAGGAAGGGGCGUUAUAGGACAGGUGGGAGCUUUCGCGGGUGGCUGAGUGUAAUCCCCUCUGCUGGGUUACCAUGCCUGUGGCAGCUCCGAUCAUCAGCUCGGUGCAAAAACUGGUGCUGUACGAAACUAGAGCUCGAUAUUUUCUUGUUGGAAGCAACCAUGCAGAAACCAAAUAUCGUGUUUUGAAAAUCGAUCGUACAGAACCCAAAGAUUUAGUUGUUAUUGAUGACAGGCAUGUAUAUACGCAGCAAGAGGUGAGAGACCUACUAGGCCGUUUAGAUCUGGGCAAUAGGACAAAAAUUGGACAAAAGGGCUCAUCUGGAUUAUUACGUGCUGUCUCUGCUUUUGGGAUAGUAGGUUUUGUCAGAUUCUUAGAAGGUUAUUACAUUGUGCUAAUUACAAAGAGGAGAAAGAUGGCAGAUAUUGGAGGACAUGCAGUAUAUAAAAUAGAAGAUACAAAUAUGAUCUACAUUCCAAAUGACUCUGUGCGAGUGAGUCAUCCUGAUGAAGCAAGAUACCUCCGAAUUUUUCAGAAUGUGGACCUCUCCAGUAAUUUUUAUUUCAGCUAUAGCUAUGAUCUGUCCCACUCCCUUCAAUAUAACCUUACUGUUUUGAGAAUGCCUCUAGAUGUACUUAAAACAGAAACCAAACGAACUCGUCAAGAGUGUUUUGAUAUUUUUGAAGAUGAGGGACUUGCUACUCAAGAUGGAAAUUGUGUAUUUGGAAUUUGGAGUGAACCUUACAGAAAAUAUGUAUGGAAUGGGAAAUUGCUUGAUGUUGUCAAAACUGCAGUUCAUCGAGACUGGCUUUUGUAUGUUAUUCAUGGAUUUUGUGGGCAGUCAAAACUGCUUAUUUAUGGUCGUCCGGUGUACGUCACUUUGAUAGCUAGAAGAUCAAGUAAAUUUGCUGGAACACGGUUUUUAAAGAGAGGAGCAAACUGUGAGGGAGAUGUAGCAAAUGAAGUAGAAACUGAGCAAAUACUUUAUGAUGCUUCAGUAAUGUCAUUUUCUGCUGGAAGCUAUUCAUCUUACGUCCAAGUGCGAGGUUCAGUCCCUCUGUAUUGGUCUCAGGACAUAUCGACUAUGAUGCCUAAGCCACCAAUUACACUGGAUCAGGCAGAUCCAUUUGCUCAUGUAGCUGCUCUUCACUUUGAUCAAAUGCUCCAGAGAUUUGGCUCUCCGAUCAUCAUUUUGAAUCUUGUGAAGGAACGUGAAAAAAAAAAACAUGAAAGGAUACUAAGCGAAGCGCUUGUUGCUGCUGUAACUUACCUCAAUCAGUUUUUACCUCCUGAACAUGCUAUUGUAUACAUUCCUUGGGAUAUGGCCAAAUAUACAAAGAGCAAACUGUGCAAUGUCCUUGAUCGACUGAAUGUGAUUGCUGAAAACGUGGUGAAGAAAACUGGUUUCUUUGUAAAUCGAUCUGAUUCUUUCUGCAAUGUUUUGCGACCAGAUGAAAAAUGGAGUGAACUAGGAGGAUUUGUAGUUCCAAAUGGCCGUUUACAGACAGGAGUUCUUCGAACCAAUUGUGUGGACUGCUUAGAUCGCACGAAUACAGCCCAAUUUAUGGUUGGAAAGUGUGCUUUAGCCUACCAACUCUAUUCCUUGGGAUUGAUUGACAAACCCAAUCUUCUAUUUGACACAGAUGCUGUUAGAUUAUUUGAAGAAUUAUAUGAAGAUCAUGGGGAUACAUUGUCACUCCAGUAUGGUGGCUCUCAACUGGUUCAUAGAGUAAAAACUUACAGAAAAAUAGCACCCUGGACCCAGCAUUCUAAAGAUAUUAUGCAAACUCUUUCAAGAUAUUAUAGCAAUGCUUUUUCAGAUGCUGACCGGCAAGAUUCUAUUAACUUGUUUCUAGGAGUAUUUCAGCCUGAAGAAGGGAAGUCUCAUCUCUGGGAACUUCCUACUGAUUUUUAUUUGCAUCAAAAGGAUACAAUGAAUCUUCUCCAGACAAGGCGAAGCUACACUUUUUGGUGGACUCCUGGUGUUUUAAAGUAUUUGCCACUGCCUUUCGAUGAAGUGACAUGUGCUGAAAACCAGAGGAAGCUAAUAGUGAAGAGAUUUCAUAGAUUUGAUGAAGAGAUUGACAUUCAUAAUGAUUUUUUUCGACCGUAUGAACUCAGCAGUUUUGAUGAAAUCUUUUGCUUGGCAAUGACAAAUUCAAUGCGAGAUUUUAUGCCCAAGAAUGUUCCCAUUGAUCCCAGCCCAUUUACUGUACGUAAACCAGAUGAAACUGGAAAAUCUGUUUUGGGAAACAAAAGCAACCGAGGAGAAGAAACCGUACUGCAACGUAAAACGGCUGCUAGUGCUCCUCCGCCCCCCAGCGAGGAGGCUGUGUCCAGCAGCUCUGAGGAUGAUUCUGGAACUGAUAAAGAAGAAGAGGGUGCCACCUCUCAGCGUUCAACACCCGUGAAAAUAUCAGAUACUGGAGACAAUACCAAAAUAACAGAAAAUGUAGUGCAACCUGCCAAAGAUGUCUAUGGGAUUAAUCUUUCAGAAUCUCCUUCAGAAGAUGAUCUCAGCAUAUAUACAAGGUUUGUUCAGUUGGGACAGAGUCAACAGAAGCAAGAAAAAAGUUCCCAAACUUUCUGCCCUAAAAACCUAGAGGGAGUUAUACAUUUAACACCCAUCUCUGCCUUCUCCCAAGACAACAUUUAUGAAGUUCAACCACCUAAAGUAGACAGGAAAUCUAUUGAGAUUUUUCAUGCUCACAUCCAAGCAAGCAAGGGUAUUAUGCAGCCUUUGGGAAAAGAUGACAUCUUCCUGUACCGAGAGUAUAUUAGAAACAGAUACCUGUGAAAAAAUGACAGUGCUCAUCUCUUCUGAAUGUAACUGCACUGAAUCUUAGAUAGGUGUUGCAAGGAAAGUUAGGAGGAAAGUACCAUGAAUGCCUCUUACAUGUAUUUCUUCUUUCCACAACUCCAAGAAGGAGAGAUGACUUAUUCUUUAAUGGCUUUGUGGUACUAAUACAAAUAAUGUGAAGUGCAAAUAAUUAGUUAAAAAAAUGAACUGAAUAUAACUAUUGAAAAUGAUUGAGAUUAUUAAAGAUUUCGAUAAGCAGUAUUGUGUACAAAUGGAAGUGCAUACACAUAUUGUAUGUGUACAUACCUGUAUAGAUAUCCGUAAGUAAAUUUAGAUGCACAAUUCGACAUAGUUAGGGAGUGAAAAGUUGCCAUCUAAUUAAAUUGAACUUCAACCUUUAUGCAUGCCCAAAGUCCCAGCAACAUGCCUAAAAAGAUCUAAAAACAUGUUCGCUAUAAAGUAAUUUCUAAUAAUUUCCUAUUAGAGGUCAGGGUAAGGAAAUUUUUAUUUGAUAAAGAAGAGAGGUGUU